UUCCGAAACAGAAAUUUCAUUACCGACCCUCUUCAAGUUCUCUGAUGGGGAGGCCAUCAUCCACCAUCCACGUCCCCGACAGACGACAGCGUUCCGAUCACGAGAACGGGCGAUACCCACGGCACUCCGACUCCUCCGGCGACAACCGCUACCAGCGUCGCAGCCCCAUCUACGAAAGCUACGACAAUCGCCGCCACCGAAACCCUUCGGGCUCGCCACCCAGACGAAGUCCUAGGGUCAACAGGGGAGGCCCAGACUCUUUGGCCCGGCGUCGGAGCCCCAGCUAUGAGGACUACGACCGACGCGACAACCGACGCCACCGAAAUCGCUUGGGCACGCCUGAUUACCCAAACCAGAGAAGUCCUAGGGCUAAUGGGGGGCCGGACUCUUUGCCGAAGAAAUUCGGGCGGGGAGGGAAUAUGGACUGGGGGAGGCGGUCGGAAGCGGAGGAGUCCGACGAGGAGCUGAAGGGGCUGAGCUUCGAGGAAUACAGAAGGCUCAAGCGGCAGAAGAUGAGGAAAUCAGGGAAGUUUUGUAUUUGGGAAUUGACUCCCAGCCCACCUAGGGUUGAGAACGAUGAGUUCGAAUUGGUGGGCAAGGCUGAUGAGAUUUCGGAACGGUAUGGCGAGGAAGAGGAGAUGGAAUCGAAGGAUAAGAAGAAAGAGAAGGAAAAAUCUGAGUCCGAAUCUGAAUCGGAUUCGGAGGAUUUGAGGUCGAGGAGGAGGAAGAAGAGUUCGGGUUCGAAGCGUAGGAGUAGGAUCUCGAAGUAUAGUGAUAGCGAAUCGGAGAGUGAGAGUGAAAGCGAUGAUGAAUCGGAUGAAGAGGAGGAUCGGAGACAGAGAAAGAAGUCGAAAAGUAGGAGUAAGAGAAGCAGGAGCAGAAGAGAAAGGAGAAGAAAGAGGAAAAGCAGGCGUAGUAGUAGUAGCAGUAGCGAGUCCGAUGAGAGCGAAGACAGUGAAAGUGAGGGUUCAGAUUUAAAGAAGAAGAAGAAACAGCGAAAGUCUCGCAGUUGGAGUAAGAAGAAAGAGUUGGAAACUGAAAUGGAGAGUGAGAAAUCGGAUUCGGAGGAGAAGGGUUUGGAUUCUGAGGUUGAUGCCAAGGCUGCUGCUUUAGUGGAAGAGGAGGUGAUGAAGGAUGAGAGUAAUGCGGAGGCAUUGAAGUUUAAGGAGAUUUUCGAGGCUCAGAAGAUGCUGUCACUGGACGAUGAACCAGUGGUUGGUCCAAUGCCGUUGCCUAGAGCUGAAGGGCAUAUUAGUUAUGGUGGGGCUCUUAGGCCUGGUGAAGGUGAUGCCAUUGCACAGUAUGUUCAGCAGGGGAAGCGUAUUCCUCGGAGAGGAGAAGUGGGUCUUUCGGCUGACGAGAUUCAGAAGUUUGAGAACCUGGGGUACGUAAUGAGUGGUAGUAGGCACCAGAGAAUGAAUGCCAUUCGUAUUAGGAAGGAAAACCAGGUUUACAGUGCUGAGGAUAAGCGGGCUUUGGCCAUGUUCAACUACGAGGAGAAAGCGAAGCGCGAGCACAAGGUUAUGGCGGAUUUGCAGCGACUGGUUCAGCGCCAUAUCGGGCAGGAUGUCGGGCCUACUCACGACCCAUUUUCAGGGAAGGAAAAAGAGAUUGAAUUUGCUGAUACUUAGUUUCAAUUGGAACUUAUGGUCCGGCGAAUAUCAAACCUAUCUGAAGUUGGGGAACCCAGAGAAUUUAAAAGCCGGAAGCUCACUGUUGGAAUCACAUGUUUCUUGCGUGACAAGCAUCGUUCCUACAGCAUCGGGUGGACACAGUUUCGAGCAUUCCAACUGGGACUUCAAUGAUGGACAAAACACACACUCACCGUUCCUGUAUAGCAUUAAAGCCUUAAUAUAACAAUGUUGAUGUGACCAAAUUUGGAAACAACACCUCUGUAUUUAAACGACACCGGAGACUUUUACGAAUGCACAAGUGUGCAGUCGGAUUUCUUUGACGGUUUGUACUCCUAAUUUUCCGGUUGAAUCGAAGGUGACUAAGAGUUUCGUGUA